AUGAGAGCUCCUGCUUCUUCUAACAAUUCCUUAUUAAAGGUUGAAGCCAUGGCUGUUCCACACGGGAACGAAUUUGAUGGUACACCGUUAAAAUGGGUUGUACCCCUAAUCCCAUUUGGACCGUCUGAGGUUCUAAUAGAAGGAAUACCCAAUCUUUUCACGGGUACCGUAUGCCAGAAAUCAACCCCUGCUAAAAGAGAGAUCUUUUCUGAUAAUGUUAAUUCUUGA